AUGUUUGAAGAAAUGAGAUUUUUUGUAAUACAAGAACAUCGGUUGAAAAUAGUUUUUGUGAUAAUCGGUUUCAAAAAAUACCUUGUGGAGGGUACGGAUAAGGCAUUCGUUGUCCUCCCAUUUGCGGAGCAGGCUGCCCAAACGGUGGAUAGCCUUGCUGUGGUUGUGGACCAUUUUGUUGCUGAUGUUGCUGCUGUUGUUGCUGAGCUCGCAAUUGUGCUUGAUAUGCCUGGUGAUUCAUCAUAUCCGGGGGCCCAUUCAUUGGUGGUGGUGCGAAUCCAUGAGCUGAUUGCAUUGGCACACCAGGUCCACUUGGACUUGGCGCAGACUGUGGCGGCAUCAUCUGAGGAUGAUGAUGAGCUGCUGGUGGAAGUUGCUGAUGAUGGUUCUGUUGAGAGUGCUGAGACUGUGGCUGUUGACGGUGAUGGGGAGGCCCAGAUGAUCCAGGUUGAUUAG